UGUUGUACGAAAAAGUAAAAGAAAAGAAAAAAUAUCAUCCCCGGCGGGAUUCGAACCCGCGGCCUCUGGAUUAGAAGUCCAGCGCGCUAUCCACUGCGCUACGGGGACCCGAUGCAUAAUGUGGUCCGUAAUAUUUUAUUCAAAUAUAAACAAAAAUAUAAUGCCCUUUAACCUUUACGCCUUGCUGCUCAUGUAAACAGAAAAUGGCUACGCCAGGACAGUGGAUUCCUCCUUUGCCUGCCGGUUAUGAGGCAAGAUGGGACCCAAAUCAACGAGCCUAUUUCUUUAUCAAUCAUUUCGACAAAUCAACAAGUUGGGUAGAUCCGAGAUUUGGACCUGCAGCACAGAAGCCUCAACAGCAGCAGCAUCAUGCGACUGCUGCCCAGUUUCUCAAUCCUCAAACUGGUGGAGGUCAUGGAGGUCAAGAUCAAAAUGUUAAAAUGUCCACCAUGAUGAAGCAAUUUGGGUCAACGACUUCGCGUGAUAGCGGAAGCAGCGAUGAUGAUGAGUGGGAAAAUCCCGAAGAUUUCGAUACACUGUUCUCCUCCUCUACUGAUAAGAAAGUUGACUUGAUGAAGCUACAUGAGAUUAAGCAAUCAUUCCCUAAUGCUCCGGAGGACUUAAUCAAAUCUUUGCUAGAGAAACAUGGAAACAAUACUGUGAAGACAACAAAUGAGCUGUUUAACAAAGGGUAUAAGAGGGAGGCAGUGUCCCACCCACCACCUAGGAAGGUGGACAUGUUGGAAAGAUUGAAGGCGAUGUUUCCUACAGUAGACUCUGAACUUGUCGAAGAUAUGCUGUCUACCUGUGACAAUGAUGAGAAAAGGACACGAGAGCAGCUAGAAUCAAUGGGUUAUACAGCAAAGUUUCCAGCCACACAUAGGAACCCGUCAGCCCGAGCUGGUAGCCGGACAAGCCCAGCUAAGGCACCGAGCCCUGCUAGGGCACCGAGCCCUGCUAGGAACCGGUCACCUUCACCAGCUAAACCUAAACUGUCAGAGUCAGAGAAACAAAGUUUAAUUCGUAAGAUGCAGAACCAGUUUAAGGAUAUGGAGAAGUCCGUGCUGGAAAUGGCGUUACAGGUGUGUGACUAUGACGAGGAAAGAGCAAAGAACGUGCUUGGAAGAAUGGAAUCAGGGUGUGAUAUAAUUUACUGUAUAAACAUGAACAAAGUGUUAUUUACAGGAGCAGCAGUACAAACUCGAGGAGCAGCCCAUCAAGAGGCUCCACCCCGGCUAAUGAGUAAGGAUGUGUUAAGCUCGACUAUAGCCACUCUGAAUCGUAUCACUAAUAAUGUGAACUGCUGUAAACAGCCUGAAUUACCACAGGAAGGUGAAUCAGCCAAUCAGGAGACAGCUAACAAUAGCCAAUCAACAGAUGAGUUACAAUCACAUGCAGAAGGAACAGCCAAUGAGAACAGCCAAAGUCAUGGUCAUUCUGUAGUAGCAAGUCAACCUCAAGCUGGACAAGGAUAUGUGUCCCAGUACAGAACAGAGGCUAAAGGUCCAGACUCGUCUCUUCGUGUUGGCCCUAACAAAGGUUUACUGCUAUCUGAAUACACGUCUGCUAAAGGACCAAAUCCGGAACUCAGACAGGGACCUGAUUCCAGCCGAGUUCAAGGGUCGCAGGGGGCAAUGGGACCAGACAGAUCCCUGCACUGUGGACCCCAACUGGACCUGAGAAGUGGCCCAAGCACAGAGAAUCUCCUGAUUACAGCUAUUUAGUUAGACUCGUACUUUCUGCCUUCGUUUCGGAUUAUAAGGAGUACAUAAAAAUUUUUUGUUAAUCUUAGUGUUGUUCUCCCAAGCUUUGAAGAAUUGAACACUAUGACUUAGCUUAAAAAAUUAAUUUUGCUAAUUUGCAAAGUGCUUGAUUAAGAAAAAAAUCUAAAUGUAUAUUUUUAACAGUUGGGUAAAAACAACCUCAAAAAGAUGACUUUCAUUCAUUUAGUACAAAUAGGAUAUUCAUUUAUUUACUAUAUUUCAAACAAGAUUUGUAAUUAUGAUUAUAGCACUUAAUCUAUGGAAGAGCAUUAUGGCCUGCGUUAUCUAUAAAAUAUGGAAAGUUAAAUAGUGAUUUUUCUCAGUCGUAGUGAUGAGACAGCAAUUUUUUAUUUGCAAAGUGUAAAAUAAGAUAUUUUCAUCAGGCCUUAUAUUCUUAAAGUCAACAUUUCAGACUAAUUAUGUGGUUAAAUAUUCUUUUUUUUUCCACAAUCAGUUCUGUUUUUAUUUGUGAUACUUCACAAACAUUUAUUUUUACCAAUAUUCAGUUCGUGAAAUUUCAUCCCUUGUGAAAAUUUGAUUUUAGAGUAGUAUAAGUAUUGUUCAUUGUAUGACUGUAUUUUAUAAAUUCUUUUUUUAAAUUAUUUAUAAAAAAAUUGUUUUAUAAACUUGAAAAUAAUGUAUUUUAGUAUUGUCGUAUAAUUUUAUGUUGUGCAAUAGAACAUUUUUGUGAAUGUUUCAUGAUUUAACAAGUGGCAUCCGUGAUCAAGAGGUAAUGAUAACAGUAUGUUCAAUCCCGUAAGCAACGUUAAAUGUAUCUGCUUGUGUCAGAAAUUUUGUAUACAAGGGCAUUUAAAGUCUUUCUCCAUCAGGAAAUCUAGAAAGUCACAUUAUGACAUAAACAAAGGUUCUGGGUGGUAGGUAAUGCUUCUAGACCUCUAGGUUCGGCACAGAGGAGCACAUGGGGACUUCCC